AUGGAAUCCUCCGCUGCCAUUCGAUCCUUUCACUAUCCCAUGGGCACUAUGUCCCAUAUGCGACCUUCCCGUGAGAAACAAGUUAUAGUUCCCAUCCAAAAUGUCCGAUGGAACUCUAAAAGUAAACUUUUUAUCCAGCAGUUGGCAUAUGAUCAGAAGCACAUUAAUUCCCGCGUGAAGGGGAACAACAAACUAGUUUCAUGUGCAAAAACAGCUGACGCUAUCAACACAUCCAAGUCUGAUGAUGCUUCUUCAGAUAGUACUCCACAAGGCUCAUUGGAGAAGCCUUUGCAACCUGCUACUUUUCCUAAUGGAUUUGAGGCUUUGGUAUUAGAGGUGUGUGAUGAGACUGAAAUUGCUGAACUGAAAGUAAAGGUUGGAGAUUUUGAAAUGCAUAUUAAACGAAACAUUGGAGCAAUAAAGGUUCCUUUGUCUAACAUUUCACCAACUACACCUCCGCCUAUUCCAUCUAAACCUAUGAAUGAAUCAGCACCUGAUACCCUGCCACCUUCACCUCCAAAAUCAUCUUCAGAAAAGAAAAAUCCAUUUGUUGAUGCUUUCAAAGAGAAAUCACCAAGAUUGGCAGCAUUAGAGGCUUCUGGUACUGAUACCUAUGUCUUUGUACCAUCUCCCACGGUUGGCUAUUUCCGAAGAGGUAGAACAGUGAAAGGGAAGAAGCAACCUCCUGUCUGUAAAGAGGGUGAUUUAGUCAAAGAAGGGCAAAUCGUAGGGUAUUUGGAUCAGUUUGGCAAUGGACUUCCAGUCAAGACUGAUGUGGCCGGACAAGUGUUGAAGCUACUUGUUAAGGAUGGAGAGCCUGUUGGUUAUGGAGACCCUCUUAUUUCAAUCUUGCCAUCUUUUCAUGACAUCAAGUGA